CCCCCAAGAGAAUCGUUUUUUAUACGGUUUUUCACCUCUUUGUAAAUGAAUUUUUACUAUCUCAAAGUUUUUGCUGAGGAGUUGAACUGUUAUUGAAUCUUCAUAUUGAUUUCUACCGUGGUUGGCAUAUUUCUCUCUUCUAGUUCCAUCGCAAAUGGAGAUGGAAGAGUCAUCUUUCACAAUGUUUUUAGCUUUAAUCUAAUAAUGGACUAAAUCAAAAUUGCUCUAUUUAAUUCCAUGCUUCUUCUAUUAGUGAAGUUGCUGGAAAUCAAUACUUCUAAUGACGCAAUGUAUCUUGGGUCGCAAUGGAAACAGCCUCUUUGUAUAAUUACAAGGGCAAGGCUGUGUACAUCUGACCCCCCCCAGACCCCAACUUGGUUGGAAACAUUCUGGGUAUGUUGUUAUUUGCUGGCAUAUUUCUCUCUUUCAAAAAAAGGUAGAAGAGGAAAUUUUUCAGAUGCUUGACGAGUUUGUGUGGAAAUUUUCAUUAUUUUGCUGCUCAAACAUACAACAACAACAAGACUUAAUCCUACUGUCUGGAAGCUUUUGUUCCUUACACAGCUUUUUGCAAAUUUAUCCAAAUCCUUUUUUAUGCAGAUGCAAUGGCGUAGAUGCAGUUGGCUAAGAAGUCCCCCACUUGUAUGUGCUCAUGGUGGUGACUCCUCCAAAGCCUUCCCUAACACAAUGGAUGCGUAUCGUAUCGCUCUGCAUUCUGGAGUUGAUUGUAUUGAAAUUGAUGUUUCACGUACUUUUGAUGGGGGACUUUUUGCUCUUCAUGACAGACAGGGACUUGCAGCGAAUUUUGGGGAACAGUACGACUAAAGUUGGUCACUUGAGCACAAAGGAGAUCAAAGAACUUAAUGCCAACCAUCAUCGUGCAUUAAAGUUUCACGAUGUGUCCAUUCCUUCCGUUGAAGAUGCAUUGAAGUUGGUUUCAGGCUCAGUUCGUCAAGUAAUUUUGGAUGCAAAAGUCGGGCCUCCACUAUUUGAGAAAUCACUGUCCAAGGAUAUUAUUACUGCUGUGGAAAAUAUGAAGUGUAACAAUUGCCUUGUCUGGGCCAAAAGUGACAGUCUAGUAAGGGACAUAAUGAAGCAAUCUGCAGAUAUCGCGAUUGGCUAUAUCGUCGUGAUGGACCCUACCACAGGAACUAGAACGAAGUUGCUGAGAAUGAGAGGCGCUCAAGUAGUUGGCGUUUACCAUCCUUUGAUUGAUGAGAACCUUGUCAAAAUAGUGCACAGGUUAUGAUACACCCUUAUUCAUAUGUCCUCCUGCAGCUAUGGCCACAAGUUUGCAUUAAAUUUUCAUGCAGAUAAUCAUCAUUUGCUGUUUGUUUUUUACUAGAUACAUUUGGGGUUGGUUAUGGCAGGAGAAAAAAGAAGGUGUAUGCGUGGACCGUGGACGAGGAGAUAGCAAUGCAGAAGAUGCUAUUUGAGCAGGUGGAUGCAGUGGUGACUAGCAACCCUACCUUAUUUCAGAGGGUGAUGCAAGGCAUUAGGACAGAAUGCCUUGAGGGUGGAUUUUCUUUGUCAUCCUGAAAAAACAAAUGAAAGAUUGAUAGAUAUGAAAGAAGCUCCUCUCUGUGUAAGAUGCUUGAGGAGUUUGAUCAGACUAAUAAAUACAACCAUCAUCAAUGGAUUCUUCUUGGAACCGCCUCCAGUCACGUAAAAAGGUGUAUAAGUCAAUAGUUGAGCAAUAAACUCACUCCCGUUCCUUAGAUUUGGACCUAUUUGGGACAACAGUUUUAUCUCAGUGUCAUAUCCAUACUACCCAAUUGUAUACUCCUCUUGUCUUUAUUAUAAGACAUUUUGAUUUCUCUUAAAUUUUAUUUAUUGAUAUCUUUUAAUUAAAAAGUUAAAAUUUUACAAAUAUAAUUUCACAUUUAUUGUGUUUUUUUAAUGAUU